GUCUGGUGCGGUAGGUGGCGCUGUGCGCCCCUGCGAGGAGCCACUGAACGGAAAAAGAAGAAGAAGAAGAGCGGACACACUUGGGUUUUGCGCUAAAGCUUCCGUUUGUUUGUGCUCUUCUGCGGAUGAAAACGGUGAUAAAAUACACUUUGAAGACGAUUGGCCUUUCUAAAUUAUGCGGACACCGAAUCCAGGACACCCAGGUUCAAGUUAAGGGUUGUGGACAAUUUAAAGGCGCUUAAUAGCAAACAAACCAAACCCGUUCGGGCAUUUGAGACGCACGAAGAAAGAAACUGGUUAACCGUGGGAUCGAGUCAUGUCUCGCAGAAGAAGCCGCAGCUCAUCACCAGGGCGUUAUACGCGCUCCUGCAGCAGUAAUGACCCUAAAGAUUUGGAAAGAAGAAUUUUUGUUGGGAAUUUGCCGACCUCCGACAUGGAAAAGAAGGAUUUGGAAGACCUGUUCAGCCCAUACGGGAAGAUAGUCGGCGUAUCCAUGUUUCGUGGAUUUGGAUUUGUACAAUUUGAACGCAUUGAGGAAGCCGAAGCUGCAAAGGCGGCCCAAAAGGGUCGAAUAUAUAAAGGUUAUAAAAUAGAUGUAAAUAUGGCAGUGGAGCGACGGCAACCUAAACCUCAAUCCCAGCAGAGCCCUCCACGAAGGGCCCCAUACAGCAGCUAUGGGGACAGCAAAGAGCCCAGACAUCGGUCCCGCUCGCCCGCGUACGGGCGCGACAGUCGUGACGGACGCGACAGCCGGGACGGGCGCGAGUCUCGGGACAGCCGCGACGGGAGGGAUUCGGGUCGAGAGUCGAGGCCGAGCGGCCCCUCUCGCGACCCCCCUCGGGAUCCCCCCCGAGACCCCGACUACCGGUACCGCAGCUCAACGAGCAGAGAGAAGGACGUCAGGGGUGGACCGCGGGAUUCUGCAUACAGCAGCAGCAGAGAAGACUAUGACCGAUACUACCGCAGCGGCAGUGGUGCAGAUGACUAUUACCGGAGGAAGGACGAGUCCUACAGGGACCCUUAUGGAGACCCCUGGAAUGGACGUCGUGGGCCAGAGGAUGAUCGCGCUCGACCAGAAGAGCGCCGGCGAAACGAGCUGUACCGACAGUACUAUGAAGAACUGCAGCGGCGCCACGACACGGAUCGUCCCGUCGACUGCUCCGUCAUCGUCGUGAACAAGGCUCAGAACCUGUCUGCUUGUACUUGUUUAAAUAACUACUGUAGGGAGUAUGCUGAGACGGUCGGGAGGAAAGUCCGUGAUUUAGGAAUGGUGGUGGAUCUGAUCUUCCUCAACACGGAGGUGUCUCUAACUCAGGCGCUGGAGGACGUGGGUCGAGCCCGUACUCCCUUCGCCAUCAUCAUUACCCAGCAGCACCAGGUCCACCGGUCCUGCACCGUCAACAUCCUGUUUGGGACGCCACAAGAGCAUAGAAACAUGCCGAUGCAGGACGCCAUGAUGCUUGUUGCCCACAACUACGACACCUACAAAGUUGAAAACCGUGAAAAAGAACGCGAGGAGAUCGCCAGGAAAGCUGCUAAGAUGGCAGACGACGUGUUGCUGAGGGAGCCGGACCGAGAGGCCCAUCCCGUUUCUGUCCUCACCAGCAUCACCCUGCUCUCUGAAAACAGAUUUGUAACUCCAGAGGAGCUGGACAGCCUCAUCGUGUAUCUCAAGGAUAAAAGAGCUCGGCUGGUACGAAGCACAGCAGAUCCCCUCACAGCUUCAAGUCACGUUGUAGCUCCUGCACCAGUGCACCAUGAAAUCCCUCCCUCGGCCUCGGUGCUCCCUCCUUCAUCCCACACCGCUCACACCCCCUCACAGCCAAGUCACCUGAGCCUGACGUCGGCUUCUGCUGCCCCAGCGAACCCCAACCACCAGCAGGAGCUCCAGGCCAAGAUCCUCAGUCUAUUUAACAGUGGCGCCGGGUCGUUAGCGGGCGCCGGGGGCCUUUCCUCCGCCACCACCCAGUCUCACUCCUACACCUCCCUCGGCCAGUCUCCCUCCCAAAACCCGUCCCGCCCGGCCAUGCCCGGCACCCCCACAGCUGCACCCCAGGGCUACGGCGCCCCACAGGGCCGCAUGCCGAUGGCCCCGGCCGUGCAGAGACCCCCCGCCGCUACUUCCGGCAUAAAUUUCGACAACCCAAGCGUCCAGAAAGCUCUGGACACGCUGAUCCAGAGCGGACCGGCUCUCAACCACCUGGUAAGUGCGGGGGCCGCUCAGCAGCAGCAGCCCCCCAGGCCAGCGCCCAGCGUGGGCCAGGUCCCACAGAUGUCGAUGUAUCCCCGACAUUACUGAGGGGAUGAGGAGGGUGGAGGGGAGCUCCACCUCUCCUCCUGAUUAGACACUGCAUCCUUUUCUGUGUGUUGUAUUUGUAGAGCGUAGGGACGUUUUGUAAAAGCUUUUAACAUUUUUUUUUUUUAUUAUUGUUAUUAUUUGGAUGAUUGUUCAAACUUCCCUAUAAUGCGUUUUUUUUGACUGUUUGCCAGAAGAUAGUCUUCUUACGAGUUAACAAUGAAGUUCUGUAUUACCUCCUGGAUCCUGGUGACUCCUUAGUUCUUACCCGACAGUGGUCCGUUCUGUUUUACCGUUUAGGACAGUGUCUUCUACUUUGUAACGCUGUUUCCAUUGUCACAACGAGACGGGAAUAAAAACUCGACACACAGUUGCUGUAAUAAAA